UACACCACGGCCACAGCUCUGAGCAGCUGGUAGUCGCAAUAUGUCUGUUAUAAACAAGAUCCACCAUUACCAGCGAAGUAUAGAGAAAUGCGGCGCCAAUUUGGAUCGAAUACUUCAUUGCAUUACGAAGUUAUACAAUCUACCAGUGACAGUGCAGCACCUUCAAGAGACUGGAGUAGGAAGGACUGUAAAUGGUUUAAGGAAAUAUGACGGUGCAGUAGGCAAUGCUGCAAAAGCUUUGGUAGCAAAAUGGAAGGCCAUGGUAGUGGAUGAAUAUUCCAGUGGGGAAGAAGAUGAUGAGGUCGGCGUAAAAAUUGAUAAUUACACCGAUAACCAUGAUGCGGUGAAACCAAAGGAAACUGAAGAAAAUAUUCUAGAUCAAGCGCAGCAGCUGAAAAAUACACACGAAGAGCUCAAGAAUGAAGUAACUAUGGAACAAAGUGCAACACAAUUAUACAAAUCAAAAGAACAAAGUCCAAAGGAUACAGAGGACAAGCAUGGAAGACAUGAGAAAACUAGUCAUUCUUCCAAACACUUACAGAAUGAGAUGAAGUCCAAGGAAUCAAGGAAUAGUAAGAGCAGUUCGAGGAAAGACGAAACUCACAAGACCAGAGAGCAGAAUCACAGCAAGAAUGGUGAUUUAGAAAAAACAAAUGAUAGAUUGAUGAAAAAUAAUGACAACACUAGUGGGAGAAGAACUCUUGAUUCCAGUUCCUCAAAAAGAGACAGCAGCAGCAAGAGGAGUAAGCUGUCGGAUAGCGGAAGUAACAACGAGACACAAUUAUUUAUUUCGGAGAAAACUCAUUCUUCGAGAUCUUCAGAAAUUAAGUUAAAAGUAGAGGACGAUAAGGACAAAUCAAACGUUAAACAGGAAAAGAAAAGCUCGCAAGAAGAAUCAAGGAGCGGUCCUAGUAAGUUGAAGUCCCAGGAUUCGAGUAGUAAGACAAAAGACAGCAGUGAAAAACAUAAACAUAAGAAAGAUCACGUAGAUCAUAAGAGAACAGACAGCAAAAGAGAUUCCAGUCAUCACUCUAGCAAGGAAAUAUCUGAAUCAAAGGUUUCCUCCAGCAGUAAGGAUCACGUCAAAAGUAAAGACCGAGAUAGAAAACGAGAACACAAAAAGGAUAAGGGUCACCAUGAAAAGAAGAAAGAGAUAAAGAUGCGACUGUCACAGGGGAUAACCAGCAAUGAAGGAAUAGAUUGCAAUUCCGGUGCAAGCUUUGCAGAAGCACUAGGUAUGUGCACUAUGCCUCAGCCAUCGAGGAAACGUAAUCAAAGUUCCUCUAAUCCUUCACGUAAGGCAGGCAAAACUGAAGUAACAUCGCCCCCGAGUAAAAAAAAGAUGACGGCAGCGACAAUUGAGUCAGAGUGCAGCGACGAUCCAAACCCACCGUCUCUCUUGGCGUCGAACGUGAAACUGGAACCACUUAAUGUAGACUUAGCAUCCACGUUACCUGAAAUCAGUCCCAAUUACAAGCCAUUACCACACAUCAACCCAGUUCAGCGCAGAGAAGAAGCUAAGUUUGUCGACGACGUCAUUCUCGUGAAGAAUCAAAGGACAAAGGUGUACUCUGGUAAUAAGGUCGGUUACACGAGCGUGCCGUCGCUGUGCGAACUGAGUAUGAGAGUGUUGAUCGAAAAUAUCGAUGCUCUCGAGUUCACCGGUGGUGUACCAUACGACAUAAUAAAGCCAGUCCUGGAGCGUGCCACGCCCGAUCAGUUGUUUACAUUGGAACAUUACAACCCAUAUCUUAUUGAGGAUACUGGUACGUUAUGGCAGUUCCACUGUAAUCGGGAGUUUAGGAACAAGCAAAGGCAGGAAAUGGAGUCGUGGCGUGAGAUGUACAUGCGCUGCUUGGACGAGAGAGAAGCGAAACUGAAGACACUGACCGCCAACAUCAAGCAAUCCAUUGACAAGUCCGUUCCAGUGAGAUCUACCAAGCUCGCAUACGUGGACAAUGUCGUGAAGCCACCGCGAAACGUGCUGAAGAAACAGGCGAAAUACGGCACGGCCAAUGACACGCCUGCCACAGUAUCGAGUUUAAAGAAAAAGUUAACCGGCGGCGGUGGGACUAAUAACGCGACGAACAUCGCUGUGCCGCCACCGCCGAUGUCACGGUUUAAAAUGUCGACGUCGAACAGCGUGAAGAAGACUAAAGCACCGCUUAUGGCAAAAGCGUUACAAUUAAUAAAGGGACGUUACAAACGGUAGUUACACAAGGGUUGCAUAUUAUCGAUGGUAUUCAAUUUCCGUAGGUAAUUAGAUCGUACGUACAUUCAUCAUCUCACGAUUAUUCCGAUUCCGUUGCGAUUUCGACGCAUCAAUUUCAUUUUCAUGCAUUUCACAUAAUACCGUUCUUCCGUCACUUCUGUUUUGUCCGUGUAAUAAAUGCUUGUGUUCAGCGAAUCUUGUCCGAAAAUUGUGUGUAACGAAUUGACUAUAUAGGAAAACUUGUUCUGCUUAUUGUGUUGGGACGCAAUAUCCGAAAGGAACGUAAAUAUUUCCAGUACUCAUGACAAUAUCCUUUUUUUAAGCAACUAUAGAAAUUAUUUAUAUCGUGCGCUCAGUUCACAAAGAGCUCUUAGCGGUAACGAAUUCCUUGUUUAAUGGAAAGUAUAUUUUAUAUUUAUAUAUUUGGAUUCGAAACCUUCUGUUAACACAUUGUAUGCCAUGCUGAAUGCGAAUACGAACCUCAGAUUCGUAUUUUGGAAUUUCGAUCGUGGUCGUGUACAAAAAUCAGAUUAAAAUAUCACCUACCGCACAAGUUGCGUCCGAUUAAGCAAGAUGCUUACUAAAAAAUUUUUAUGUAUAAUCAUACAAAAUUAUAUCAUUAUAAUUAUACAUAAUUUCAAGCAUAUAGAAACAAAAAUCGACAAAAACAAAAAUCAUACAUACGUAAUCAUUUUUUUCCGGGUAAUAAAAUAAUUGUUAUAGCUGGAUAUAAAAUCGUCACCUUUAAAUAAGUAACAAGGCUCUUGUGGAAAUCCAUGUGUCAUUCAAAUGUGGCACUCAAUGUGUUGAGUAGGCUAUAAAUUCCUACACACACACACACACACACAUACACACAUACACACACAUUAUUAAGCUAGGAAUUCUUGGGCUGAGUACAUGCUCUUGAAUUUUAAUAAUUAGAUUUUCGAUUGUACGUUUUUGGGACUGUUUUAACAACACUGUUACGAAUACCGAUACAGAAUAAACACGGAAGUGUAUUCUGUGUUUUAGACCUUGCUGUGAUUCUUUCGAUGUUUUUAGGUGCAGUUUUAAUGCGUACACUCUGUAAAUAUUAUGUUGUGGUGAGACACAGUGGAUAGAUAAUUAAUCGAUCUAUCCUCACUUAAAUCUUGCGAUCGAUCGUAACGUAAAAGAUUUUUAGCAUCAUAAUCAUGAUACUGGUUAGAAGUUUUAAUUAAAGAACAAAUAUAUGGGAAAUCUCGUUUAUCUAGAUCGCUUGAUAUAAAAAGUUCAAUGAAUAUUCGAUAUAUAAAAAUAUUUUGAAUCAAAUUAAAACUGUUUUUUUCACUAAUAUGCUAGAAAUGAGAAAAUUAUGCAGUAUAUACUUUUAUAUAAUUAUAUAUAUAAUUACCAAUAAACGAGAUAUCCUGUAUUUGUAAGAAGUUGAUAAUUUAAUCUGUUCAAAGAAAAGUAUGGAUCAAAAAUAAAACCUGCAAAAUUGUGCGUCACCUAGUCCAUUUUACCAUCACAUAUUUUAAACUGAAUAUAAUUGAGUAGUACCAAGGAUGUGAUAUGAAAUAAAAAUCGGGCACUGUAUUGUUUUCGCGUCAAUUGAGAAGCAUAUUUAAUUCGAAAUACGAAAAAUGACAUAUAUAUAUAUAUAAUUGUGGUUUAAAAUAUAUUAUUAUUUUCGGUAAAUAUUUAUUAUAUAAAACUUUAUAUGUAAUUCAGUCAAAAAUUAUAGAUAUUUUAGCUAUACAUUUUAUAUACUUUAUAUAAGUAUGCGUUAUAUUGAAGUGUUCUAUUGAGUCGUUUUGCAAUGCCGAAGUAAACAGACUUUUAUGUUAUAAACCGAAGAAGAAAUAUUAAUCUAAGUAAAGCUCCAUAAAUUUGUUCCUUUAACAAAUUGAAUGCCACGUUGGAUUCGCGUGUGAAUCUCAUCAGAACUGAAUUUUCUAGCCGCCACUCGCAAUCGUAUACAGGAUCUGAUUACUUAAUACAUUGUCAACUAUACAAGUUGCACCCAAUUAGGAAAAAUAUUUAGUAAUAACAUUCCUAAUUGAGCAAAUAAAAGAAUCACUCGUAAAUGGGUGACGAAAUUUGUGUAAAUUCAUUAUCUAAUUGUAGAUAACGUAGCACUCAAGAUGAUAAAGGAACAUUUAGUGCCCGGAGAUACCUUAACCUCCAGCAAACAACACCAACUAUUGCAUGUAAAUUAUACAAUAAAAAUGUAAGCCUUU